UUUUCUUUCCCUCCGCAGAUUGCCCCCGAGGACCAUGCCCGCGGUUUAUGGCCAUCACCCAGAGAGCAGUAAAUCAAGGAGCCAAAGUCCCUUCUGGUAACCUGCAGUGCCCACCUCCCGAGUAACGUCCGUGCAUGGGGAAGAUUCCAAACCUGGCUGUCAGGUCCCGGCCCGUCUCGCCCUCCCGAAGAGUCCUUGCAUGGGGCGGCAUUGCCGAUCCUCACCUCAGCAGCUGUUGAUGUGGGCAGGAUGAGUGCUGCGCCAUGAUGAUGGCACGGAAACAAGAUGUGCGCGUGCCCACCUACAGCAUCAGCGUGGUGGGCCUCUCCGGCACAGAAAAGGAGAAAGGCCAGUGCGGCAUCGGCAAGUCCUGCUUGUGCAACCGCUUUGUGCGCCCCAGCGCCGACGACUUCCAUUUGGACCACACAUCCGUCUUGAGCACUAGUGACUUCGGAGGCCGAGUGGUGAACAAUGACCACUUCCUGUACUGGGGGGACGUCACCCGUCAGCUGGAAGACUGUGUGGACUGCAAGGUGCACGUGGUGGAACAGACGGAGUUCAUAGACGAUCAGACAUUCCAACCUCACCGCAGCACGGCCCUGCAGCCUUACAUCAAACGAGCCGCCUCCACCAAACUGGCCUCGGCCGAGAAGCUCAUGUACUUCUGCACGGACCAGCUGGGCCUGGAGCAGGACUUUGAGCAGAAACAGAUGCCCGAGGGCAAACUGCAGCUGGACGGCUUCCUCCUGUGCGUAGACGUGAGCCGCGGGAUGAACAGGAACUUCGACGACCAACUAAAGUUCGUCUCCAACUUGUACACCCAGUUGGCCAAGACCAAGAAACCCAUCGUGCUCGUCCUGAUGAAGUGCGACGAAGGCGUCGAGCGCUACAUCCGCGACGCUCACUCCUUCGCCCUCAAUAAAAAAAACUUGCAGGUGGUGGAAACCUCGGCCAGGUCAAACAUCAACGUGGACUUGGCCUACACCGCUCUCAUCCAGCUCAUUGACAAAAGCCGCGGCAAAUCCAAGAUCAUUCCGUACUUUGAGGCUUUGAAGCAGCAGAGCCAACAGAUCGCGGCGGCCAAGGACAAAUACGAGUGGCUGGUGGGCCGCGUGGUUAAAUCUCACAACGAGACUUGGCUCAGCAUUAGCCGGCGCAUGCAGAGCAGCAGCGAAUAUCAGGAUUACGUUUACCUGGAGGGCACGGAUAAAGCCAAGAAACUAUUCCAGCAGCACAUCCAACGGCUCAGACAGGACCACAUCGAACGUCGUCGCAAGGUCUACCUAUCUGUUCUACCACGUGCUUUAGAUACCCUCGUGCCUGACCUGGAUGAAAUCGACCACCUCAGCUGGCCCAAAGUAGCCCAUUUGCUGGAGACAAAGCCUGCCUUCUCCCAGUGGUUUGUGGUCCUCGAGGACAUCCCCUGGGACCUAACCAGCCACAUAGAUAUCAUGGAAGACGAUCGUAUACCUUAUGAUAUGUUGGAGACUGCCCCCGCUGCAGAUGCCUAUUACACCCACCUGGACAAACUGAGGAACGCUAGAAAGAAGGAAGUCAUGAAAAAAGCCUUCAAAGAAAACUUGACUUUAUCUCCAUUUAUCACGCCAGGUAAACCCUGGGAGGAGGCCCGGAGCUUCAUUAUGAGCGAGGAGUUCUACCAGUGGCUGGAGGAGCCCGUAUACAUGGACAUUUAUAGCAGGCACCAGAAAGAGCUCAUUGACAAGGCCAAGGAAGAGUUCCAGGAGCUGUUGUUGGAAUAUUCAGAGCUGUUUUACGAAUUGGAGUUGGAUGCCAAGCCGAGCAAAGAGAAAAUGGGGGUGAUCCAGGAGGUGCUAGGAGAGGAACAUAGGUUCAAAGCCCUGCAAAAGCUGCAAGCCGAAAGAGACGCCCUCAUCCUCAAACACAUUCACUUCGUCUAUCACCCCACCAAGGACACUUGUCCCAGCAACCCCGCGUGCGUAGACACUAAAAUCGAGCAGCUUCUCAGUUCCAGGUGCACUUACCCCUACGACCGCCUUUAUAAAGAUCCCAACGUGGAUCGAAUCAAUCUGGUGAUCCUCGGUAAAGAUGGACUGGGGAGGGAGCUGGCCAACGAGAUCCGCGCCAUGUGCACCAACGACGAUAAAUACGUGGUCGACGGGAAGAUGUUCGAGUUGUCUUUGCGUCCCAUCGAAGGCAACGUGCGACUCCCGGUCAACUCCUUCCAGACCUCAACCUUCAUGCCCCACGGGUGCCUCUGCCUUUACAACUCCAAAGAGUCCCUCUCCUACGUGGUAGAAAGUAUUGAAAAGAGCCGGGAGUCCAGUCUAGGAAGAAAAGACAACCACCUCGUGAACUUAUAUCUAACCCUAAUCCUAGUCAAUCGAAGAGGAGACAUGAGCGGAGAGACCGCGCAGAGCCUCAUCCAUCAGGGCAAAGAAAUCGCCGCCAGGCUGCAGUGCGAACUCUUGGACGCGGCGUCCACCGGCUUGGGCUACGGCCGCAACAUAAACGAGAAACAGAUUACGAAGAUCCUGCGCGACCUGCUGGAAUCCAAGCGGAAUCAGAACCUCAUUACCACCACGCCGAGCAUCAAGGAUCUGGUGGAUUGCGAUCUUCGGAUCGUCAUUUGCCUCAUGUGUGGCGAUCUCUUCAACAUGGAGGAUGUGCUGAACGCCCUCAAGCCUCACACCUACCGCCCUUCGCAGUUCGGAAUCGGGCUCUCUGUGUUACUCGACUUGCACAUCGGUAGCCAGAAGCGCCGCUUGGAGCUGCUCAUCUUGUCCUAUCACGCCUCCUUCAACAUCCGCAAGACACGGCUGGUACACGGCUACAUGGUCUUCUACGCGGCCAAGCGCCGCGCCUCACUGGCCAUGUUGCGUGCCUUUCUGUGCGAAGUGCAGGACAUCGUCCCCGUUCAGCUGGUUGCUCUGACCGAGGGCUCGCUAACGGUCCUGGACAACGUAACCAGAGAGCAGCUGGUGGAAGGAGAGGAAAUUGCACAGGACAUUGAGGGCAAGUUCAUAAUGUUGCCAUGUGGCCCUGGGCAAGCCAAGAUGGACAUGUUCUACCCUUUCUUCAAGGACGUGAUGGAGAAGAAAGUGAUCAUCGAAGCUUCGCACAUGUAUGACAACACGGCAGAAGCAUGUAGCACUACAGAAGAGGUCUUUAGCUCACCCCGUGCCGGGUCUCCUCUCUGCAAUUCCCACUUGCAUGAUUCCGAGGAUGACUUGGACCCGUCUCCUCAGCACAUUCUACCUAGAGAGGACCUGAGCAUUGCUGCACCUACUAGAGACCAUUCUAAACUGGCCAGAGAACUGGAGGACAGCGAGAGCCUUCCCUUCAUCUCUGUCAUGAGCACCUUAGAGAGCAGACUCAACAACAAGGUACCUCCACCCCUCAAACCAAAGCCCCCCAUUCCAUUUGAUAUCUCCAAGCCAGACCUGUCCUACCUAGAUCCGGGCUCCCGAGACGGUCACAGGAGGUCCUUGACGUCCAUCACCUGGCCUCCUCCGUCAGAAGCCUUCGAUCCUUCGGAUUACGCCGAGCCCAUGGAUUCCGUGGUGAAACCCAGGAACCUGGAGGAAAACAUUUAUUCUGUGCCCCACGACAGCACGCAAGGUAAAAUCAUCACCAUCCGUAACACUAACAAGCCGCAGUCCAACGGCAGCGGCAACGGUUCCGAUAGUGACAUGGACACAAACUCUUUGGAGAGAGCAAGAAAAGCAUCCAUAGUGACCAAGCCGGUCCUGUACCGGACCAAGUGUGCCAAACUCGGCAAGUUCUCCAGCUACCGCAGCAGCCUGAGCGUGGGCAGCGACGAUGAGCUUGGGCCAAUCAGGAGGAAGGAGGACGAGAUCGGAAUCCAGGGGCCAAAGGACAACACUACUAAUUCCUAUGAGGCGGACGGUGAGGAUCCGAGGAAGAGGAACAUCCUGCGCAGCCUUCGAAGGACCACUAAGAAAAGAACCCCCAAACUGCGACCAUCUUUGACCAAGCAGACGUGGGAGAGCAACUAUUUCGGGGUGCCACUGGUGAAUGUGGUGACCUCCGAUAGACCCAUCCCGGUGUUCAUUGAGAAGUGCGUGGAGUACAUUGAGACCACGGGGAUGAGCACGGAGGGGAUCUACAGAGUCAGCGGGAAUAAAUCAGAAAUGGAUUCGCUGCAGAGACAGUUUGAUCAAGAUCAUAACCUGGACCUGGCGGAGAAGGAUUUCACGGUGAACACGGUGGCGGGAGCCCUGAAGAGUUUCUUUGCGGAGUUGCCGGACCCCCUGGUGCCGUAUAUCCUGCAGACUGAGCUGGUGGACGCAUUCAAAAUCAAUGACAUGGAACAGAAGCUGCAGGCGAUGAAGGACCUGCUGAGGAAGCUGCCCAAGGAGAACCAGGAGAUCUUCAAAUAUGUCAUAUCUCACUUGAAUAGGGUCAGUCAGCACCAUCACACCAACCUGAUGACCAGCGAGAACCUGUCCAUCUGCUUCUGGCCGACGUUGAUGCGCCCGGACUUCACCACCAUGGACGCUCUGACGGCGACGCGCACAUACCAGACAAUCAUCGAGCUCUUCAUCCACGAGUGUCUAUACUUCUUCUACCAUCGGCCUCCCUUGGACCUUCCCACCCCGAGCUCUCCAUCCACCCCCUCGAUCCACCAGGCCUCCCCACCACAGUCUCCUCCUCUGACCCCGGUGUCGCCCUCGCAGACCCUGCUACCUACGGAUCAAAAUAUCCUGUGACAGCUCCUUAAUUAACCCCAACCGCCUACCCCCCUCCCCCCCCCCCCAAACAGCUUUAGUCGCCCCGGAGGCAUUGUCCGCCCUCCCCAUUCCCUGCCACGUCGUGACCUCCCAUAGCCGGGAGGGUCGUUUUUGGCCUUUGACACGUUGGGACCACUAGAUAACGGGACUUUGGAAGUCUGAGCCAGGGACGGAGCCUUACAGAACGUGCACUUGUUUCACUUGGUACAGAACUAGGAGGAGGCUUCCCUGGUACACUACGAACUGCAAGAGAAACUGUGCCUGGUACAUGAACUGUGCUACCCCCUUUGGAGGACUUCCUGCAGACCCCCACCCCCUUUGACUUCCCACAGACCCCACCCCCUGAAGGCAUUCCUACAGGCCCCUCAGAGGACUUCCUGCAGGCCCCUUGGAGGACCUCCCGCAGGCCCCUUGGAGGACUUCCUGCAGGCCCCUUGGAGGACUUCCUGCAGGCCCCUCGGAGGACUUCCCGCAGGCCCCUCGGAGGACUUCCCGCAGGCCCCUCGGAGGACUUCCCGCAGGCCCCAUUUGAGGACCUCCCGCAGGCCCCAUUUGAGGACCUCCCGCAGGCCCCAUUUGAGGACCUCACGCAGGCCCCAUUUGAGGACUUCCCGCAGGCCCCAUUUGAGGACCUCCCGCAGGCCCCAUUUGAGGACUUCCCGCAGGCCCCAUUUGAGGACUUCCCGCAGGCCCCUCGGAGGACUUCCCGCAGGCGCCAUUUGAGGACCUCCCGCAGGCCCCAUUUGAGGACCUCCUGCAGGCCCCUCGGAGGAGUGGCACUUAGACUGGAUUCAGCAACACUGUGAAUUGUUACGGGGAGCCGGUCCGGGUCCCUCCACGACCUCUCACCUGGUUCUCGGACACACAUCUCACAGUUAUAUAUAUAUCUCUUAGCACUUACAGGCGCGGCCCGCGGGAUUACUAGGCUUUUAUGGGGGCUGCAUGAAUUGUAUGUGUUGUACAUUACUACACGGAAAGAACACUAAAAUGUGUGACACGGCUGGAGACCACACACACACACACACGCAUGUUUCAUGUGUCCGACAGGUUCUCUAUGUUGGUUUAACCACUGCUGCUCCAGCAUUGUCUCUUUUUUUUAAUUCCUGGCACCUCGGGGGUUGAACGUCGACGCACGGCUUGUGGUUCCUGGACUCCUGAGGUGCCCCCCCUCCCCCUUUUUCUCACGUUCUGAUCUUAUUUUUAUGUUCAGGCCCGAUUCUCUCAUACAGAGAGGGGUAAGACCCCCCCAUUUAAACUGACAUAUUCUACUGAAGUGAAACCCCGCCCAUGUCCUUGUAAUAGACCCCACCCACUUUUUUUCUUUUUUUUUUACCGCAUUUACGAUGAUCUUGUCCUCACUACCUCUGUGUCGAUACACUAACCGUUUUCUAAAUGUCGGUAAACCCCGCCCCCUUCUUCCCUGUCAUUACUCUUAACCAUCACUUCCUAUGAACUGACCUUAUUCCAAUCGUAACUGUCCUUUUUUUUUUUUUUU